AUGCUCGCAAUCCGACCUUCGCAUCCCCCCAAUCGGUUUAAGUCUACCUGUCGUCCACCUUCCAGCAACCCAUUCUCUUUCCUCGACUCACUCUACCUGAAACUCCGGCUCAAGGCUAACUCCUACGGCCGGUCGGGCAACUGUUCAUUGGACAUGCCUAAGAAACACCAAGACCGCUCUCCCAAACCACACAAGUCCUCCGACACUCGCGCCAAUUCAACUCUUGCAGUGAGACAAACCUCAGGAACUUCUACCAACGGAUCCACCCGAUCGCGUACCCAAGAUCGUGGGGGAGCAAGUGAGGCUCGCACAGCCUCUGACAGGUUGACACCUACGCUAUGGACGACCCAGAUCUUUCCCACUUACACUUAUUGUAGAUCAACGCCUACGAGUCUAGAAUCACGACAGACUCUGGCCUCCCCUUCGGCCUCGGCACGCGGCCGAUCCAAUAAAACCCUCCCAGCCACAAAGUACAUUGACAGUUAUUUGGAGUACCGCAAAGCAUUGUUCAUCAAGAUCUUUAUGGCGAAGGUUGAAGAAUGGUUUGACGAGAACGUCUGUACCCUUGAAGAGGCGAACGACAACGACGGGCAAACUCCGAGUGGUUCCAGGUCUUCAGGGAACAGAGGCAUGAAGAGACCUGCCAGUUCAGGCAAACUGAACCCAGGAUCCAAGAGACAUCAUCGAGACGACGACCCAGAGGACCAAAAGUCCGAUAACGAGGAAGAAGAGGAUCGCGACCGCGGGCAGAAGCGUGCCAAAACGGCCAAUGACAAAAGGAAGUUCGCAUGCCCUUUCUUCAAGUACGAUCAAGCCCGAUACAAAGACCAACGAACCUGUUGCGGUCCAGGCUGGCAUGAGAUACAUCGUCUGAAGGAGCAUCUGUAUCGCCAACAUCGUCUUUUCACAUGCAGCCGAUGUCUUGAACACUUUAAGAACCAGAAGCAGCUCGAGGCUCAUCAGAGAGCCACGGUUCCAUGUAAAUUGCGGGAAGCGGGUUCCCGUGCAAAAGACCCUGGAGCGGGUAUGAGUGCUGAGACGGAGAAGCAAGUGAAAUCCCGCAAGUCAGGCAAGCAACAUGAAGACAACGUUAGUAAGUGGUACGAGCUGUACCACAUCCUUUUCCCCGGCAGAAUUGCCAAGGAAGACCUCCCGAGUCCUUGGUACGACACUCCAGGUAGCUCUAAUGGCAAGAAAGGGCUUUCAGCCGACGAAGACUUGCGGCGUCAGUAUGAGCACUUUUUGCGACGCGAAGUGCCCAUCAUGAUUCGACAACAGCUUGAAGCGUGCAUCGAUGAGGAGUUUGGGAAUGUGUCGUCGGCGGUGCAUGGCCGGCUCUCGAGUUGGAUUCAGUCCUCGGCUGAAAAGUGUGCCCAUAUUUUCAAAUACAUUCCAACGCCCACCGAAGCUGCGACACAGCCACACCCAGACAUAGAGCGUGCUGUUAUGCGCGGUACAUCACCGGUGGCCGAGCCCUUUGUCAAUCUUGGUGAGACCGUCGUGGCCUGGCCGUUUCCCGACCCAGAGCUAGACCUGAGCAACAUUAGCUUUGAUCUAGAUCCAAACGGCUUGUCACAAUCGCUGUUCGAACAGUAUGAACCGGAGAUUGACUCAGCUUACGAGUCGGGGAGCCUUGGAGGCUCCUCCAGUACCUGGAGAUAUUGA